CAUGCUCGUUUUAAUCCAGUCGGCGCGUGCCACCCACUCAAACCGCCCAUUGAUUAGUUCAUCGGUGCAGAACGCCGUCGCGCCAUUGACACCCAUUGGCAUCGUUGGCGCCCCAAAUCAGCGUUCGCAACAACUCUGUUUCAACAGUUGCCGACACACUGCUCUUCUCAACGGCUGCCAUACUGGAGGUACCAUCAUGACCAUAGUCGCCACGCCCACAGUUUUCGCAGUCACUUCUUUUGUUGCGCCGAUUGCAGAUAUGAGGUGUAUGUGUUCUGACAACUGUCCAAACGACCAAACCGACAACUGCAACGGGGCUAGAUCGAAUGUCGACGAUAGGAAGCAUACUGCCUAUGUCAACGAGUCUACAGGACGUGACCAGACUAUAGAGAUAGAGGACGACCCCAAGGAUGGCCGACCCGUGAUCGAAUCCAUUAUCGGACAUCGCAAGCAUCAACAAGAUGAGACACUGAUUCAGAUGCAAAUUCAAUGGACGCACGGCGAGGUGACUUGGGAGCUCGAGAGCAAAGUUCAAUUGGCCGCAGCAGAGGAUCUUUUCAAGUACUGGAGCAGUUUGGAGGGUUGUCGGUCCGGUGCCAUGACCAACAAGGACCUUUGGCACGUAUUGGAGAUCGAGGGGCACAAGAAAGAUGGCAGAGGCUUCAAGCUGAAGGUUUCCUGGGUGGGAUCGACAGCUCGAUCUUGGGAGCCGGAGACAGCCAUAAGGGAGGCUGAUCCUCAGCUCGUCGACGACUAUUGGAAUUCCAAAAGGCGGCAUCAAGUGAAUCUUAAGACUGUUACUGUGUCCGCGAAGAAGGUCACUCGGUAUGACCCUCAGCCGGUCAGAGGAAGAAGGUCUCUACGCGGUCCGAGAUUGCGGAGGGGAACCAAGCCGGCAAGGCAGUCACUGCGAUUAUUGAAUAAGCUAGGGAGGCCCUCUGGAAGACCACGUCUUUCGUACCAUUAA